AUGAGCACACUCAAACCAGCUGCCCCGCUAUCCACAAGGAAUAGCUCACCGGUGAAGAAGGGCGACGAUGGUGAUAUCAGCAGCCCGCACGAGUUGACCGCGUUUGUAGAGGAUGUGCUCAACAAGCUCGAUACGAAGUUCGACACUAUGUCCGGAGUUGUGUUAGAGAAGAUGGAUGAAAUGGCGGAUCGCGUUGAUAGCCUCGAGAAUAGUAUUCAGGGCCUGGUCAAUUCAGCUGGAACGCUAUCGCCCAGGCCUUCUUCUCCUCGGUCUCCAAGGAUUUGA